AUGGACACAAAACUGAAGGCCGUCAACGCAACGUGGGGCAGGAGAUGUGACAAGAUUCUGUACGUGAUGACCACCAACAAAACAGGACCCGACAUCCUGGGACUGGACAUUCGUGACCACCAUGACACUCUGACAGAGAAGAUCGUGCAAACCUUCACGCACAUGUACAACACAUAUCUUGAACAAUACGACUGGUUUCUCAAAGCUGACGAUGAUUCGUAUGUGAUCGUUGAAAACCUCAAGUUCUUCCUGGCCCACUUAAAUUCGAGUAAGCCUGUCUACGUUGGGGACCAUUUUGUUCAUUUUUCGCCAAAUGGCUACAUGGGUGGUGGUGCAGGCUACGUGUUGAGUAGAGCAGCUCUCCGGCGAUUGGUCGAGCAGGGUUACAGAGUUCCUGGUAGAUGUAGACAAGCCGGAGGAAGCGAGGACAUUGAGACUGGCCGGUGUUUGUAUAAAGCUUCUGUGUCCACUUACCUCUCGGUGGACAGGUUUAACAGAUCGUCCUUCCAUGCUGCCAGUCCAGAAGCGUUCCUCCCAGGAGAAAGUAAUUUUCUGACGAGCUUUAGUGCUAUCAAAUAUAAAACGCUUCCCGAGUGCUGCUCUCAGCUUACAAUAAGCUUCCACUAUGUCAACCACAAGCUGAUGAGAGUGCUGGACAUGUUCCUUUACCGGAUUGCUGUUUUUGGUAGGACAGUCAACUAUAAAAUGUUGAAGAACUUAUUCAAGACACGGGAAUUCCAAAUCCCCAGAGACAGGAAAAGGGCAGUGUAUCCUGGAGAGACACUAGAAGAGUAUUACAAGAAUGCCACAGAAUGGAGACUAAAGAACACAACGAUUUAUAUACGAAAUGAAACUAAACAUAACUAG